AUGGCUGCCGCCGCCAAAGCCCACUUCGGCCCUUCUCCGGACUACAUCUCAAAGCAUCGGUCCCAAUACCCACAAUCACGCACCAUCCUCGUAACCGGCGCAACAGCAGGCAUCGGCCUCGCAAUCGCCGAUUUUUUGCUCUCCUCGCCGGCUCAGCACUUACUGAUUCUAACCGGCCGCAAGACCGAUGUUCUCGACGACCUCCGCUCCAAGAAUCCAGGCCGAGUCAUCGCCAAACCAGGCGACAUGGACGAUCUAGCUUACGUCAAGAACAUCCUAAGUGAUGUCGAAUUGGACGGGAAGUUGGAUGGAUUAGUUCUCAAUCAUGGCACGCUGGGCACGUGUGUCAGGAUCGCGGAGAUGGAUGUGGAGGAUUGGGAGCGGACGUUUCGGAUUAAUGUGUCGAGUUGUGUGGCGCUGAUCCAAUCCAGCCUCCCCCUCCUACGGGCUGCAAAAGGUCGAAUCGUCUUCACCUCAUCCGGCGCCGCCAACACAGGCUAUACAUCGUGGGGCGCCUACGGGGCGUCCAAGGCGGCAAUGAACCAUCUGGCCAUGACAUUGAAGAAUGAAGAACCCGACAUCACGUCCGUCUCGAUCCGCCCGGGCAUGGUCGACACGGCCAUGCAAGGUGACAUUCGUGACAAGUAUCUCCAGAACAUGGACGAGAAGGACCGUGGCAAAUUUGCGAAUGCGAAGAAGGAGGGUAAGCUGUUGCCGCCUGAGAAGCCGGGCCAUGUCAUUGCGGAGUUGGCUCUCAGGGCGGAGAAAGAGCUUUCGGGCUUGUUUUUGAGUUGGGAUGAUGCCAAGUUGGCGGACUAUCGGUCAUGA